GGGCACCAGUAAAGACCUUUAUACGUAUAUUGUAUUAGACUAAAUUAAACCUAUUUACGGCACGUGGCUCACAAACGCACACAAUUCUAGUUUUUGGUUGCUGAAGAAUGGAUACGGGUCCGAAUGGAGAGGAACCCACUUCGUGGGACGAGCUUUACAGUUUAAAUUUGAUACCUUCGGAGCUGUUUCUCAAGUUCAGAAAAGAAGUCGAGGGGUUACGAGUUGGCGUCAAUUUAGAGUUCUAUAAUGCUCCAGUCAAUGAUUACCAAGCAAAGAUCGUACUGAAGCCUCUGGCCCCCGAUCGUAGGUGGAAGUUCAUAUAUGAACCUGUACAUCAAGAUGUGCGAAUUCUUUCAAAAAAGAUCCCUGUCACAAAAUUUCUGAAUCUCCAGGUCGGUAUAGGCCAUAAUUUUCAAUUGCAUGCAACUGGGUGGAAAUGGAAAAUCACUACAUGUUUGGGUGGAGAUGGAAUAUCUCGGAUCCAGAAUAAGACAUCUCUUGGCUUAUGCCCUGGUGUUGAUUUGCGGUUCGGUUGGAAGGCAGAUUAUGUUCUUCCAGAGAUUACUGGGGCACUAGGUACUGGUGAACCAUUAUUCAACAUGAACUCGGGAAAAUUGCAAGCAUCGCUAGACAGAGUUGAGGCUAUUCUUACCCAUACGUCAUGAUACUUCUCAAAAAAUCAGAAACUACCACUAUUUGCCUGAAAUUGGGAAGGUGCAACUGCAUGUCAGAAUUCGUAGGUCGUUUGGACUUUGGAAUGGAGUACAGUGAUUAGUGAUGGCCUGAUGAUGUUCAAGAUGGGACUAAAUAGUCAUUAUCGCCGUGCACAUAUGUGGAUAAGAGCUCGUCUUCGUUCUCUUCAAAUUGAAAGUGGAUUGGGUUCAUGUAUGUAGUUGGCUUUAAUAAAGUUCAGUGAUGAUUGCUAUAGCUGGUCCAUGUUUCCAUUUAUCUUCUCAUUGGUUUCUGUUUGCUCUUAAGUUGAUGUAAAAGCUAAGUUUUACUGAUAUUUGCAUCACACUUUGGCCUUCAAAAUCAUUCUGUAGAUCUUGAGGAGGUUCUGCUUCCAGUAUGAUAACAUCCA